CUCUCACUCGCAGGUUUUGCAUGCUACAUAAGUACAAUACAUGAAUUCAAUACGUACAUAAAUACCAAUACAUAUCCAUACAUAUUUCCCACUUCAUCUGCUCAUUCCUGUCCGCCUUAAAUGUGCAGAGAGAGGGAGAGACAAGAGAAUCGAAGAACACUCUGUGUUGGAUCUUGAAUCCUUGAGGAACUGAUUGCUCCUUCCAUUUCUCUCGAUCAGUUAUUCUUUCUUGCUCUUUUCCACAGGUCCCAACAAGAGGGAAAACAGUUAUUUUACUGCUACUUUUUCCAUCUUUUGCUUGCUUAGAUCUACCCUACAGUACCGCUACCGCACUUCCCUUUCUCACCUCACCUCACCGCCGGAUUAACCACCAGUCAGCAACGCCUGGCAGGGGUGGAAAGACAGCCGCUCCGCCAAUCCGCGGCCACGCCAGGGCUAUCCAAUCCUCCACAGACUCUCACCGAUCCUUGCUGGUUCCCUUCUUCUUUCUCUCUUUGUGAUUCCCCAUUAAAGCUUCCGUUUCUCGCCUCCUCCCACCAGCCCCCCCCUCCCUCCUCCCACACACAUCCCGGCCUUUUCUUCUACUUCCUCCUCCUCUCUCUUCUUCUCUCUUUUCUUUCCUCUUCCUUUUCCUCUCUUUUCCCUUCUCUCAUCCCUUCACCACCUCCGCACCUUGGAACGGUCAGGAAAGAGUUCAGCUGAUUUUGGUGUCCCACUCGGUCUUCCGCGUGAACGCUUUCGAAGCCGGCGCCAACACGGCCCGUGCAAGGCGAGGGGCCUCCGUUUCCCGAACUGAAAGUGUUUCUUUUGCGUGGCGGCGUUUUGGGUGUGUUUUGCUUUACUAUACUUCGGCGAAGCAUCGAAAGUCAGCCAGUCAGUCAGUCGCUUUUCUUUUCCGCAGAAAAAUACUGCUCAGGCGACGGCGGAAGAUACCCUUGAAAGCAAUUUUUCAUUUUGAUAACUUUUCUUUCUUUUCUAUUCUCCUAAAAGAAAAAACAAAAAAAACCCUAUCAGAGUUUUUUCCUGUUCUCUAAAUCUACAUAUUUCCUUUGAUCUUGUUCCAUAUCUGUUCGGCCUGAACUGGACUUGACGAGCUCGAAUCCUUUUCUCCUCUGCCUUACACUUCAACCUUCAUAGAGGAGGUCUGGUCCUACUGAGUCUGUUUUCCUUAGCGGGGAGGAAGGAAAAGGGAAAGGGAGAGAGCAAGAGGAAAAGAAAGAAAGAAAGAAGUCACCACCACAAUAAUUUUUCUCUUCUCUUCGCCACAUACUAGCAAUUAACUCGUUCACCGUUCGACUUGCAUCGAACGGCCUUUCAUUUGCUUCUCACCAUGAUGAUAGAUGGUGUUAAAAUGGCUUGCGAGGCCUGCAUUCGCGGCCACAGGGUGAGCGGGUGCAAUCAUUCGGGUCAGUUAUAUUAUCAUCUCAAUCGAAAUCUUUUCCUCCGUGCCCUUUAAAACGCUCUCCAUCCUUGAAUACUUGGAGCUUAAUACCUUUUGUCAUCUCUCCUCCUUGCUUCAGAGGCACUAACGGGGAGAUACAGAUCGUAAGCUCUUACCGAUCGCGAAAAAGGGCCGUCCAGUGUCCCAAUGUAAUCACUGCCGUCAGAUGCGGAAGGCUCGUUCUGCUCAUGUUAAAUGUGAUUGCGGCGAGAGACUUGCUUUGUUGAAGGAGUCAAAGGCAGCUGGAAAGCCCGUCCCGGCUACUGCCUCUGCAUGCCACACUUCGACCGCCACUGCUACGGCUGCACCACCAGAAGAGGGCGAUCAUAAAGGUAAAGGACGAUUUUCUCGAUCAUAGGCACUGGCAUCAGGGCUAAUAGUUACCGGAAAACAAAAAACAGAUGCUUCACUUGCUUGCCUAUGUUGUCACGGAGGCCGUUGCACAUGUGCGCUGAAGAAAGAGCCUUUGGAUUCUGUUCCUGAGUUAGCUACACCCGCCACCAGUGCAUCAAUAGCCCCUACAGCAACUGCUACACCCGCGGUGGAAACCCGAAAACCUCGUCUCCAAGCGACGCUCUCCGAGAGCUCCCUUCCCAAUUUUCAGAUUUUCUCCAACGGGCACCACCGACCGACCCACAAGCAGCACGGAAGUAUCCAUGGAUCAUCUCCUUACACAAUCCCACAUAUCGGUCACACGGGCCAUACGUUUGGCGAGCACAUCGGCGGCUACACGAAAGCGCCUGCUGCUACUGCGUCUGCACCUCCAAGCACUUCGUCCCAGAAGCCUCGCCGUAUCAAGUCCGAGCACUCUUCUCCAGACCUGAGGAGUUAUCCUGCCCUGAAGAUGGCCAACACGGGCAUCACCCCUCUGGAGUUGACCCCCCAGCUUCCUCCACAGCCCAUCAAGCCGAUAUCGAGCCGUGUCGCGCCCGGACUCAGUGUCAACACCAAUGCUCCCUACACCGUUCAUGAAUUCCGCAGCCAGGAGUUGUUGCCAUCAGCAGAUUCGGAAUGCAGUUUCCAAUUCUCAGCCGGGCUGUAUCCGCCCCAAUCCGCCGGAUGGCCUCCCUCCUACGGUGUGUAUGAUGGCGCCCCAUUUGACGAACAGCCCUUGGAUACGGGGGUUGAUUACUCGGUAUCUCAGCUGGACCUUGGGGACUACCUUCGCUACCAGCCAUCUGCCGGACUGAACGGAUCUGUGUCUGGGGACGAGAUUGAUGAGUUUAUUGGCCCAGUGAAUGGGCCUGGCGGUCUCGGCGGGGCCAGGACGGUUACAAGGUCUUCCUCGUCGGACACUUCGGACCAAGCCGAAUCGGACUUCCGUGUUAGUGCCGCGUCAUCGUUUGUGGGUCUGCAGCAGGCUUCAUCCGCACUGCUUCCAGGAAACAGCUAUGAGGAUUUAGAAAAUCUGAAUACAGCUGUUGCGCCUAUGCAGCCUCCGGAUCCCACGUAUGGGUUGAUCAUUGGCACUGUCGACGGGGCUCUUGAUAGUGAGACUAGGAGUUUGAGUUUGUACGAGGGCUAUUCAGAUGGGUUUUUGAGUUUGAAGGAUAUGGCUACUACAAAGGCGGCCGAACUCGGUGGAGUGCCCUCUUCGCUCCCACCGGCCGAUGACGGAGACUUCCUGUGGAUGGCAUCGCCGAUGAGUGCAAAUUCUGUUCAGGAUGGAGCUCCCCCACCUGACCGCUGGGUCAGCUGACAACUAGAGGGCGGGGAGGGCUUCGUGAGGUGUUAGAAGAGAAGGAAUACAGAGAGAGCUGAAGGGAGGGGGGAUCUAAGGGAAAUGAAGGGUGAAAUGGAAGCGGAAGUGGGGGAGAGGAGAGAAAAAGGUCUAAGAGCUUGAUGAUGAAGGUGAAACAUCUGUUUUCUUCUGGUAUCAAGGGUUGUAAAAGGAAAUUCGCCUUUUUUCUUUUCAACUUUUUUCAUUCUCUUCUCUCUCUCUCACGCAAGCAGAUACAGUACAAUGGGAUGGGGCGUGUUCUCUCUCUUUUUUUUUCUUUUUUUUGUUCAAAUUUGCUCCAGUUCUUCGCCCUUCCCGACGGACAAGCCUUCGAGUGCCCAAGGGGAGCGGGAGAAAAAUCAACGAAAAAAAAGGAGAAAAGUCUAGGAGAGAAAAACAAUGUUCAAGCCUAUCGGUUGAUUGAUUGACUGAAUAAUGCGCGGUACAGUACGAAGGUCAUCAUCAUCACCAUCAUCACCAUCAUCACCCGUCCUUACUUCCCACAAUCCGUUCAUGCGUUUAUCCUGUUUUUUUGUCUCCUCCACUUCGUUUCCCAUUUCCGUUCGCCAGAUUAGCUCUAUGGUUUGGUCCCUUAUUCUCUUCUUUCCUGUUUUCCUCCAUUUAUGCAAGACUAUAUAUAGAGGGUGUACUUAUUUAUUUUUCCUUUCUUUCAGCGUUUAUGUUUGUUUCAUUGAAAUUUUUACUGGGUUUCUUUUUCUUUUUUUUUCUUUUUUUUUUCCUUUUGUAAGGGGGGGGUGAUUGAAUUUGGCUGGUUGGCUGCUAUCUACCUAGGGUAUCUGUUGCACGUGGGAUUGUGUGGUAUGGGCUCGUUCGCUCGUUCGCCUGCAUUCAUGCCAUGUUAUGCCAUGCAACGGCGGUAGUUAGUUUUAGCUAAGUUAGAUUGUUGGUUUGGUUCGGCGGGUUGCGCGUUGUUGGUGGAUGAUGGAUGAUGGUUACGAUGUCAUGCUGUUGAUGUUAUAUUUCUUUUUCACUUUUUACCAUUAUAUCUCUUUCGGCUCUUUGCUUCUUUCUUUCUUUCUUUCCUUCCUUCCUUCCUUCCUUCCUUCCUUCCUCCCCUUACCCGCGGAGGCAGA